AGCUGGAGGACGAGCAAGAGAUAGCUGUGAAGAGGCUGUCCAAGACAUCGGUGCAAGGCAUCGAUGAGUUCAUGAACGAGGUGGUGCUGAUCGCCAAGCUACAGCACCGUAACCUUGUUCGCCUUCUUGGUUGCUGCAUUCAAGGAGAAGAAAGGAUGUUGAUCUACGAGUACAUGCCCAACGGAAGCUUGGACUCCUUCCUCUUUGAUAAAGCCAAGGGUUGGUUGCUGAACUGGCCAACGCGUUACAGCAUCAUAGUUGGGAUUGCUCGAGGUCUUCUGUACCUCCAUCAGGAUUCCAGAUUGAGGAUCAUCCACAGGGAUCUGAAAGCUAGCAACAUUCUUCUCGACAUGCACAUGAACCCUAAGAUAUCUGACUUCGGCUUGGCAAGGAUAUUUGGAGGGGACGAAUCGGAAGUAAACACCAAGAGAGUCGUCGGAACAUACGGAUACAUGUCUCCCGAAUACGCCAUGGAUGGAAUCUUCUCCGUGAAAUCUGAUGUGUUCAGUUUCGGCGUGUUGGUACUUGAGAUCAUCAGCGGCAAAAAGAACAGAGGAAUCUAUGACUCGUCACGCAGCCUCAAUCUUCUGGGAUACACGUGGAGCCUAUGGAGAGAAGGUAAAGGCCUCGACUUGGUCGACGAAGCCAUCGGCGACUCGUACCCCAAGGCGGAAGUCUUGAGGUGCAUGAAGGUCGGCCUUCUGUGCGUUCAGGAGCGACCGGAGGACCGACCGACGAUGUCGUCGGUGCUGUUCAUGUUGGGAAGCGACAGCGCGCUGCUGCCGCAGCCGAGGCAACCGGGCUUUGUUGCCAUGAGAGGGCCGCUGGACCCCGAUUCCUCGAGGAGCAAGCAGGACUCGUUGUCCAUCAACAACGUGUCGGUCACGAUGUUUGAAGGUCGAUGAUGAAUGCCCCAAAUAAACAUAACAACGAAAUGAAGUAGAAUCGAAUCCUGCAAGAGCUGUUAGACUAAUUGGUGCUACUAAUUGAUGCCAGGACAACAUGAUAAUGAAACAAAUAUCUCAAUAUUCUCGACGAUGUAAAUAUUGGCAUCGAAAUGUUCUCAGUUAUUGAA